AAUCCCCUCUCCGUGAUGCGACAGUGGCAAAGCAAAAAGGACGCGGAGUUGGACUAACUGCAUUCGCCGCACUCACUCGCAAUCAGUCAGUCAGACCCUUGGCGAACCGCGGACGCUCGCACUCCGAGCCGCUGGUUCAUUAGCAAUUCAAAACUCGGUUCAAGUCCGCGUGUGCUGGACAGUGGCAUGAAGACGGAAAGCUAAUUCCAACGCCUUUUGUGAGGUUCGGUGGGAUAUGGAUUUUGACGUGUGUUAAUCUUAUUUUUGGGUAUAUACGUUCAGCAGCAGCAUUAAAAAUGAUUUUAACUACAAUAUGGACUCGGAUUGCGACCGAUUUUCGCCAGAAGGAGUUGUUGCCUCUGAAACUUAUAUUUUUUAUCAACGUUUCAACUCUUUUUGUUCUUUACCCGUACCUGACCAUCCACAUGAGAGAAUUGGGAAUCGACGUGGAAGAAACGGCUGUGAUGAACGCGGUAACACCAGUCAUUUCAAUUAUAAUGCCACCCUUGGCGGGACUUGUAGCUGACAGAAUUGGAAAUUUCAGGGUGCUUUUAUCCAUUUUCUCAGCUCUUGGCGGCGUCUCGUCGUUGCUGCUGCUGUUGGUGCCGGUCGGCCGGUUUGACAUGUCGUACCCAACGCGAAUUCCUCUCGCCCUGGGCUGCGGUGAGAUCAACCUGAGCGCCAUCUCGCCGCUGCAGGUGACCCUGCUGAAGGAACCUCCAUGCAACCUGCGGAUAAACAUGAGCGAGCCAAUCGGCAUCGCGCUCGAGUCCUGCGGGCUCGUUUGCCAGGCGCCCCUCACCCUAGAUCUCGAUCAGGUCACCUCGGUGCCCGUCUACAGGGUGGACGUCACUCACGAAGGACAAACGGACGACUACUGGUACGCGCCGUCAGUGGUGCUCAGCAAGUUGAAAACACCAAAUGCCAGUGAUCCACGCUUUGCAAAGGUGGAUCAUCCUCAAUACUACAACGAGGCGAUCAGGGUAAUUGCGUAUGAUCAUGUUUACUUCCCAACUUCAACCAUAUACAACAUUACUUGCUUGAGAGACAAGUGCUACUUCAUGGACGGCGACGUCAGCUUCCACGCUUCCAUCCAGUAUUCGACGAAUGAUUUCUUCACCAAAAAGUUCCUCUUCAAGAAGGUGAACGCGUCCGACAGCGAAACGGUUGUUUCGAUUUUCUCAGAUGACCCCGCAAACCACAGCCGAGCAAAGCGACACUCUGGCAAGAACGUGACCAACAUCGACGAUCCGCUCACAAAGCACGACCAGGCAAUCUUUGAACUGUUCUUCGACAACACGACGCUGAAGUGCGAGGAUCCACUUGCCCUGCGCGACCUAGUAGUGGCGAUGCCCACAAUCGGAGUUAACCUCCGCUCAUGCCGUCCCCUGUGCCUGGCGUCGAUGCCCCGCAAGCAAAUGUGCUCCAACCUGAAGAGGGAGAAGGUGUUCGACCCGAAACUCACUUUCUGGUGCUACCUGGGCAUUAGGAUGUUCAAUAGCAUCAUCGGCGGCACUGCGUUUGCCAUGUUUGAAGGGGCUUUGAUCGCUAUUCUCAGAGAGUUCAAGGCGGACUACGGACUGCAGAGAAUCUACGCCACUAUUGGAGGCAUGAUUAGUGCCCCUCUCACCGGAUUGCUCAUUGACUACGUUUCUGCAGGGAAGGAUUACACCGAUUUCAGACCUGCAUUUUACCUGUAUGCGGUUUUGAAAGUACUCGGUGGCUUGCUGGUAUUAACUAUCAGACUGGACUUCAAAGCACCAGCCCCCGGCGUUGUGAGGGACGUGUUGAAGGUUCUUAAGAACGUGGAAAUCCUCGCGCUGAUUUUCGCCUGCUUCCUAUUGGGAACCGCCUGGGGCUUCUUGGAGAGUUUCCUCUUUUGGCUCCUGCAAGAUUUAGGCGCGUCGAGGUCCCUGAUGGGUCUCACAAUCACGGUUGGAGGCUUGGCUGGUCUUCCUUUGUUGGCCUUGUCUGGGCCGAUAAUUGAAAAAGUGGGUCACGCCAACAUCAUCUGCCUCGGAUUUGUCUUUUACUCCAUUAGAUUAGUCGGUUAUUCCUUUCUGUACGAUCCGUGGAUCUGUCUGCUUUUCGAAGCCAUGGAGGGCGUCACCUCUGCGCUGACAUUCACGGCGGUGGUCACCUACGCGGCCGGCCUCUCAAACUCCUCUGUGGACUCCAGCAUUCAAGGACUCGUUGGUGGCAUUUACUAUGGAGUUGGAAGGGGAGCUGGAAGUUUAAUCGGUGGAUUCAUGAUCAAGGCGAUUGGAACGCGGCCGACGUACCAGUUCUUCGCUGCUGCGUGCGCUGCCUUUGCUGCGUCGUACUAUCUCUUCCACAACUAUUUCACAUUGAGGCGGCCGACUCGAAAAAUGAACAACAUCACAAAGCCAAACGAUCCCGAGAUGCAUAUGGAAAAGGUCAAGGAGGAGAAGGUGAUACCGUCCGAACAGUGCAACGGCGCCGUUAUUGACGAGAAAAAGAAAGAGCCCGAUAACAACGAAUUCGAAAAUCAGGCAUUUGAAAACGAGGAAGUGGAGAAGAGGAAUAAGGAUAAUGAAAAAAGGGUGAACUGAUUAAUUUUGCCGCGGCAAAAUGUGAUUCGGCUGUUAAAUGAACGCUACUAUGAAAUGUGCGAUUUUUAAAUUAUUACAUUUUAUAAUCUAUUUUUACAGAGUUAGAUUUUUUGGAUAUUUUAAAAGAACGGCUGGUCCAGUUACGAUAUUAAUUCUGGUCGUUGGCAACAAAGUCUAAGUCAAGAGUGAAAUUAUUUUUCAUUGCACCUUUGUGGCAAAUAACGAUUGUAAUAAAAGUUGAUUUUUACUCCGAA